AUGCUCAUUAACCCUAGCUUGCACAAGCCCCACAAUUCACCUAAACCCCAAAACUUCCUUCAUUCCCCGAGCCCGGCCGCGAGUCGAGCAAUUGCCGCAGGGUGCUCUUCCGUAUUCGUUUUCCCUCGGCAAAAUCCCAUGUCGACAGCUAAAAAACCCGUUCUCCAACGUCGCGACUCAUCCUCCGCAGCAAAAGCCGUGCUGGCCCCUGCCGCCGGUGGAAAUACGACGAGCGUGAAAGCUGUCGUGACCGUGCUACAGACGGUGGGCGGAAUACUGAGCGGCCUUAGCCGUGGGCUCGAUGACAUCACCGACUUGCUCGGUAAAACCCUCCUAGUUGAGCUUGUGGCGGCCGAGCUCGAUCCUAAAUCUGGAUUGGAGAAACCGACCAUCAGUUCAUACGCACAUAAGGUUGACGACAACGACAAUGAGACAUAUUACGAAGCCAAAAUCGAAAUUCCAGAGGAUUUCGGAGAAAUUGGUGCUGUAAUUAUAGAAAAUGAGCACAAAAAAGAAAUGUUUGUAAAAGAAAUCUUAUUAGAAGGUGUAUUAUCGUCAAGUGGCUCAAUCAUUGUGACCUGCAAUUCAUGGGUUCAACCAAGCAAUGGAAAUCAGGAAAAAAGAGUAUUUUUCAAUAACAAGAAGUCUUACCUGCCGUCCCAAACUCCGAGUGGGCUGAAAAGAUACAGAGAGGAAGAGCUCAUCAUCUUACGAGGCGACGGCCAAGGCGAGCGCCAGACCUCCGACAGGAUUUACGACUACGAUGUGUACAAUGAUCUCGGAGAUCCCGACGCCGACGAUGACCUGGCACGCCCCGUCCUCGGCGGCCCCGACCAUCCUUACCCUCGCCGCAUCAGGACUGGCCGCCCAAGAACCGAGAAAGAUCCCUUAUCCGAGUCAAGGAGCUCCGACUUGUACGUGCCUAGAGACGAAGCAUUUUCUGAAGUAAAGCAGGCAACAUUCUCGGCCAAAACCCUGUCUUCAGUGCUCCAUGCGCUCGUCCCAUCAGUUAGGACUUCCAUCAUAGACAGCGACCUUGGAUUCCCGCACUUCACCUCCAUAGACACUUUAUUCAAUGAAGGUUUCUUGCUUCCGGAUAUUCCAACUACAGGGCUUCUCGGGAAUGCCAUACCCAGGCUCGUGAGGUUUGUCAGGAACACCAAAAAUAGCGUCCUGCAUUUUGAGACGCCUCAGUUGAUCGACAGAGAUAGGUUCGCUUGGUUCAGGGAUGCUGAAUUCGCAAGACAAACUCUAGCGGGUGUCAAUCCAUUGUCCAUCAAGUUAGUCACGGACUGGCCACUGAAAAGUGAUCUCGACCCGGAGAUUUAUGGGCCUUCUGAGUCGGCAAUCACAACAGGGUUGGUAGAGAAAGAAAUCGGAGGCUACAUGACAGUGGAUGAGGCAUUGAAGCAGAAGAAGCUGUUCAUUUUAGAUUACCACGACAUUUUCUUGCCUUACGUGAACAAGGUAAGGGAACUCGACGGGACCACUUUUUAUGGGUCAAGGACAUUAUUUUUCUUGAUGCCUGCGGGGACAUUGAGGCCCCUGGCUAUUGAGCUAACAAGACCGCCCGUUGAUGGGAAGCCCCAGUGGAAGGAGGUCUACCAGCCAUGUUGGAGCCCAACUGAUAUCUGGUUGUGGAGGCUGGCUAAGGCUCAUGUCCUGGCUCACGACUCUGGUUAUCAUGAGUUAGUUAGUCAUUGGCUACAGACUCAUUGUUGCGCAGAGCCUUACGUUAUCGCGACAAAUAGGCAACUGAGUGCAGUGCACCCAAUUUACAGAUUAUUGGAUCCUCACUUACGGUACACGUUGGAGAUUAAUGCUCUGGCACGUGGGGCCCUUAUCAAUGGUAAUGGUAUCAUCGAGUCCUCAUUCUCCCCGGGUAAGUACUCCAUGGAGUUGAGCUCCGUUGCCUAUGACAACCUAUGGCAGUUUGACCUACAGGCACUACCGGCAGAUUUAAUCAACAGGGGAAUGGCUGUGGAGGAUCCAAACGCACCUCACGGCCUAAAGCUAACAAUCGAAGACUACCCUUUCGCAAAUGAUGGUCUGCUUAUAUGGGACGCCAUAAAACACUGGGUCUCAGAUUACGUCUCACACUACUAUCCAGAACCGUACCUCAUCCAAUCAGACAAUGAGCUUCAGUCAUGGUGGACAGAGAUCCGAACAAUGGGCCACGCGGACAAAAAAGACGAACCCUGGUGGCCCGAACUGAAAACCCCCCAGGACCUGAUCGGGAUCAUUACAAUCAUCAUAUGGGUGGCCUCAGCCCACCAUGCAGCCGUCAACUUUGGCCAAUUUGAUUAUGGAGGAUACUUUCCCAACAGGCCCACCAUAGCUCGGAUCCAAAUGCCCACUGAGGACCCGAGAGAGGAAGAACAGAAGCAGUUUCUCGAGAGGCCUGAGGAGUUUCUCUUGAGGUGCUUUCCUUCGCAAAUUCAGGCAACAAUCGUGAUGGCUGUUUUGGACGUUUUAUCUAGUCAUUCGCCCGAUGAGGAGUAUAUUGGGGAGAAAAUCCAGCCGUGUUGGGCCGAGGAUAAAGUGAUAGCUGCCGCUUUUGAGCAGUUUAACGGGCGGCUUAAGGAGAUUGAGGGGAUUAUCGAUGGUAGAAAUGCGGAUACAAGCUUGAAGAAUCGGACCGGAGCUGGCGUGGUGCCGUAUGAGCUUCUGAAGCCGUUCUCGGAACCUGGGGUAACGAGUAAAGGUGUGCCGAAUAGCAUCUCGAUUUAA